CGCGAUCACGAGCCGCAAUUCGAUACGGGCCUUACCUUGCUCACGUGUGAGGCUGGUGUGUUGCAUUCGCGGUGUAACGACACAAAAGUGUUUUCGGACAUGUCGAAUAAUUAGUAAAAAAAAACAGAGAGAAAACUUCCGCAACCCGACAAACCGACCGAUGCGUUCUUGAAAAUUUCGUUGUCGCGCGACAAACGAAAUAUCAGCAUCGUAAGGUCAACGAAUGGGUGUGUGUGUGUGUCACACUUCUCUUUCUCUUCCUGUCUCUGUCUCUCUUUCGCCGAAAUCGGGUACAAAUGACAACAGUGCUGUCAAUGGGCGCACAUAUUUGCAUAGAAGAUACACACAAAUGGCACGAAAAUUUUUAACACAGUUGUGUACCUACGUAUACGUGUGUAUAUAUAAUUACUAGACAAUGUAACAACAACUGGAAGUUAUAAAUAAAUCUGUGCAAUAUAUUUACAAAAAAUAAUUAUGGAAGAGAAAGCGAUGCUAUGGAUGCUUUCGUUUGUUAUGCUUGUUGGCUCUUGUUUGGCAGGAUCAUUACCAUUACUCAUAAACUUAUCUGAAGAUAAGUUACAAUUAGUGUCUAUCUUAGGAGCAGGACUUCUUGUUGGCACUGCAUUAGCAGUGAUUAUACCUGAAGGUAUCAAAGCUUUAUUUACUAGUAAUCCCUCUAAUGGAAAAGAUCAUGAUGAUCUACACUCAUUAAUUGGUAUCAGUCUAGUACUUGGCUUUGUAUUCAUGCUUCUGAUCGAUCAGUGUUCAGCAAGAAGAAGCGGCGGAAGACAGAAGUCUGUCACAGCUACUUUAGGCCUUGUAGUGCACGCAGCUGUUGAUGGAGUUGCGUUAGGAGCUGCUGCUACAACGUCUCAGGCUGAUGUGGAAGUGAUAGUUUUCAUUGCAAUAAUGUUGCACAAAGCACCGGCUGCAUUUGGACUUGUAUCAUUCCUUCUUCAUGAGUGUGUGGAUAAGAAGAAAAUAACCAAGCAUUUGUUAAUUUUCUCUCUUGCAGCACCAUGUCUCGCGCUUGUGACAUAUUUCGGGAUCGGAAAAGAGGGAAAGGAAACCCUGAGCAAUGUCAGAGCGACUGGUGUGGCUAUGUUAUUUAGCGCCGGCACAUUCCUUUACGUAGCUACUGUACACGUACUACCGGAAUUAAUGACACGUCACAAUAAUUAUUCGCAUUUGCCAAGUGUUGAGAAUAACUCAACAGUAAAUACAACCGGUCUUAAGGUCAGAGAACUGUCAGUUUUAGUAUUAGGAUCGUGUUUACCUGCAUUGAUUACAACUGGACAUCAUCAUUGAUUUACAAUAAACAUCCUGCGAAAAAAAAAAAA